AAAAGACGUGGAGAACAAAAGGACCCUUUAUCACAUUACACAGUGUAACGUGAGACCUGUCUUGUCGCUGGGGAACGGGGCAGGAACGGUUUUGUUAACGUUCAGCUAACUCUUGGAGCAUUCAUGCUCAUAUUCGUGUGGAGUUUUUAAACAUCUUUUGAAAACCAGUUGAAAUGUGGUUCCCCUCGCCGGGUGUAAGGAGAGAUCUUGUGCUGUCAAUGAAUGAAUGAAUGAUUUUGUACAGAGCGUGUCCAUUGCUCGGUGCCUGUGCUGACAGUGUCUGGGAGCUCUUCGCCAGGGAGAGGAAAUGCCCAGUCUCCAGAAAAAGGUGACUCUGUGCGGAGCUGGCCUGCUGAGUGUAGCCUCUGCUCUGACCGCGGCUCUGGCCCUGAACACUCAGGGCUGGGUGGAAGCUACCGUCCUGUGUCAGACUGGCGCCCAGCUCGUCAACGCCUCCGGCAGCGAGCUGGAAAAGUUCAUCGGACUGAUCAGCUACGGGCUUUUCCACGGACGGAGACUUCGGGAGUGCGGCUUGGGAGGAAGGAGCCUGCAGAUAACGUUUUUUCCAACACUCUUGGAUGUGAUACCUGCAGGUCUUCAUGUUGCUGUAAUACUAUUUUCUGCUGUGGUCAUUGUAUUUGCCUUGGUGGCAGCUGGAUUCUUUAUGUUCAAUGCAUUUGGAAGACCAUAUGAGACCCUCCAUGGUCCGAAUGGCUUGUUCCUCUGGAAUACCAUCGCCUGUUCCUGCGGUUUUAUGGUAAUGAUACUGUUUACAUCCGAAGUAAAAAUUCAUCGCUUGUCUGAGAAGAUUUCAAACUACAAAGAGUCAAACUUUGUCUUCAAGACGCAGACUGAAGUUUUUGGGUAUUCCUUCUGGCUUCUCCUUGUUUGCACAACGAUGCAUUUUAUCAACAUACUGCUCAUCAGAUUAGCUGGAAUUCAAUUCCCUUUCUUCAAAUCAAAACAUGCAGAUUCAAGUGAUGGGGGGGCUGACCUUAUGUACUAAACGUGUUAGCCCUGACAAACACACAACUUACAAGUCAACAUGUGACUACCUUUCCUCAAAAAUUGUAUUGAGACUCUUCGAAUGUAAUGUCCAAGAAUUCAAAAUCCUGCACGUGGAUCAUACACUGCAUUGCUUCAUUGAUAUCAACGUUUUGCCCACCUACAUAAUACAAGAUUUGAGUGAAUAACAUGUCGGGAGGCUGAAAUUACAAUCAUGGCAAUAUUGGUGGGCCUUUGAGGAAUAACUCCACCUCGACAAGUAAACAGAAUUUAUGACCGAAGAGUUAACCACCUGUUGCACCUUGGAAUCAGAGACCCUGAACGGUUUCAGAAGUAAAUUAGAUUGACACUUGGUGGAAAUAAAAUUAACGAACUGCAGCAACAGAACAGGAGGAUGGGACUGAUAGAAUUGCUGUAUGUGGAUUUGAGGGGCCACUCCUGGCCUGUAAUGACUGCAUAAUGUUACCACCUCUGAAUUAUUAUGGUGCACCAUUAGCAACAAACGUGUUGACAUGUUCUGAUGGAAAAUGUAUAUCCCUUAGAAUAAGGAAUGCACCAAAUUUAUUUUCAGUGUCUACAUGCAAUGAGCAUCUAACAGACAAGAAGAUCUUCAUAUAAAUAAAUGCAUAGCAACAGGUGUAGGCCUUUCAACCCCUCUGCCCUGCUCUGCCAUUCAAUUAGACUGUCUUCCAAAACCCAUUCAUUACACUUGACGGCCUUCCCAACAAAAAAAAUGUUUUUAAGUUUUAAUUAACCACUCAUAUAUAGCGAUAAUUUCAGAUUUCUACUACUGUUAGUGUAGAAAAGUCUAUUUCUAAUUUUGUGCCUAAAUGGCCUCUCUGUAACUUUAAUAUUUUGUCCAUUCACUCUUCAGACAAUAUUAAUAUUGCAAGAAACAGUUUCAAGCUCCAUAAUUUUUUUUACAAAGAAUUAAUUUUCUCUGAAGCAUUUUAAUAGUUUAUUUCAAUUAUUUGAAGGCAUCAGUGUUAAAGGAGCAACUUACUAUUCCAAAUUGAUUUAGAAAAUUUAUACAGAGCUAAGUUUUCUCAGUUUCUAUUCCAUAGUUCUAAAGAAAGGUCAUUGGACAUUGUUUUCUCUCCACACAUGCUGCCAGAUUUGUUGAGUUUUUCCAGCAACUUCUGCCUCUGUUUAUUUUAUUCCUUCCAUAGUCUCUUGCCCUUGGCUUGUAUUUGGUGUGACUAGUACUUUAAUUUAUUUCUGAUGUACAGUUAACAAUUAUUCUACAGCCAUUAAUGGUGGUUAAUGAUAAUGUUCUGCUUUUGGCGUCUGGUGGAGCUAGAGUUGACUGUGGUCAUUAAACACACAGUCCCACAUUGUGGCCAGUAAGGUUGACUGGGAAACUAUUUGAAAAUGGUGAAAUAGUCUUGAUUUCUGGCUUUCUACCCCAUUCCCAGAGUUGUUUGGAACUCAGCCAACCAUUCAUAAUGAUCACAGCUAUUACAACAUCAUUGCAACUGUAAAAGCCUUAAAUUGACAAACAGAUAGUAUCCUCACUAUUGCAAGCAAGUUACUCAUUAGUCAAUGGAGAUAAUAGGGUCUUUGAGAUUUUGUAUCGAGAUGUGGAGACUUUUUCACAUUCAGAGCUAUCUGUCUAUUUAACUCACAGUACUAAAUGUGACAAGCAGAGUUUACUAACACUUUUUAAAUAUAUUUUUGAAUACGUUGUAGCAGUUUCUGCAAUGAAAGUGUACUGUAAAUCAAUUCAUCACUUGCAAAAUUUUGGUCAAAGGAAUUGUCAAUUUUUAACUUUACAGGAUAUCACUUUAUGAUGGAUGACUGCAUUAAAAGCACAACUACUUUACAAACCAGUGUUUGUUAUGCUGUGAAAAUGUUUCAUGUUUUAUUUCAGCAUAUUGCUGACACCUCAGAAGAUUUUCACAAAAAAAGUGGUCAUAAAUUCUGCAGGUGUAAGUUUUUUUUAAGGGACUUUAAAAACACACACUAGCAUGUGGCUCAAUUUUCCCCUUCAUUGGGGGAUGAAAAUCUGUCCCCUUGUGUACAUGGAUAAAUUUGUUGUUGUUUUUUCAGUUUCAAUGAAUUGAUUUGUUAUUUUUCCCCUGGUCUGUUAUUAUGACUUAGCCCAAAACAUUCAAGAACAACUUAUUUCAGCAGAGGACUGGUUGCACAUUUUGAUUGCCGUUUUAAAGAUGUUA